AUGCCGUCGCAGCAGGACCAGCCGCAGCAGCCGGUGGUGGCGGGGUCGACGCGGUGGUGCCCGACGCCGGAGCAGCUCAUGAUCCUGGAGGAGAUGUACCGGGGCGGCCUGCGCACGCCCAGCGCGUCGCAGAUCCAGCAGAUAACGGCGCACCUCGCCUGCUACGGCCGCAUCGAGGGCAAGAACGUCUUCUACUGGUUCCAGAACCACAAGGCCCGGGACCGCCAGAAGCUCCGCCGCAGGCUCUGCAUGAGCCACCACCUCCUCUCCUGCGCGCAGUACUACGCGGCGGCGCACCACGGCCACGGCCACGGCUUCCUCGCCGCGCCGCCGGCCGCGCCCUACGGCUGCAGCGUCUUCGACCAGGCCGCCGCCAGCCAGCUGCUCUCCCCGACGUCGCCCACCCCAGCCGCUGCCGCUGCGGCGGCGGCGGCGGCUGCGGCCUACGGUUAUUACUACCCCGCCACGGCGGCCUUCGCUGCUGCUCCAGCGAGCAGGUGCGCCGGCGCGGCCACUCCCCCGUCGCCCACCCAACUGUUCCACUAUCAGGCCGGAGGCGGAGGGAUCGCGCCGGUGGAGGCGCUCGGCCGGCCGGAGUACUCGCUGGGGAAGCUGGACAACUUCGGCGUGGCGCUUGACGAUGUGGUGAUGAGCUCCGCCGCCGCCGUCGACAUGGGGCCGCCGGGGUUCGAGGUGGCGCCGCCGCCGGCGGCCUUCUGCCGCCCGCUCAAGACGCUGGACCUCUUCCCCGGCGGGCUCAAGGAAGAGCAGCACGACGUGGCCUGA